CAUCAGUUGAAUUCUGGGAAAUUAAGAAUUAUUUAUUUAAAAAAAUCGCAAAUCGUCUUUCGAUUCCAUAUAUCUUGCUUACUAGACAAAUCGCUGUGGUUUAAGUAAUUUAUAAAGAGAGAAUAUAUAUCAAAGAUGAUAAGUGACCUCCAAAGCAUGACAUUUUAUUCUUCCAUUCCUUGAUUUUGACUUGAAACCUUCAAUUAUUUUUGCAGAGUUGAAAAGAAUUUUUCAAAACAUCAAAACAAUGACACGAUGUAAAAUGUAAAUCAACAUCUACAAUAAAAUGGCUUCUCAUAGACUCUCAGGACAGGAUAAAAAAGAUCUUGAAAAGUUUAGCAAAUACCUUGUCUAUAAAUGCAUACAGAUCAUAGUUCAGUCAAGGUUAGGGGAGCGUGUACGAACCAAUUCAAGACCACAUUCGACUGGUGCAGACUGGUUCAACCUGGCGAUCAAGGAUAUACCAGAAGUCACCUCCGAGACGAAAAAAGUUCUGACAUCACAAUCGCAAAUUUUACCAAUCGGACAACAAUUAUGUGUCGAGAUUUCAUUAAAGACAACAGAUGGCGAUAUUCUAGUACUUGAGAAAUGGUUAAUAUGUAAGGACGAGGAAGCAGAUCACAGUGCCAAAGUAUCAUAUACGGUAUAUAACCGCAUGGGAACGCUCCUGAAAUCCUUAUUCUGCAUAACACGUGUCACUCCUAGUUAUCGACUCUCGAGAAAACAAGGCCCCGAUACGUUUAUUAUCUGCUACAGAGUCUACACCGGAGAGCCUCAGUUUGAACACCUAGGAGAGGGGUAUAACUCCAUCAAAGUCGGCACAGUCGCUACCCCGAUGGGGACCAUUACCAUCUCCGGAGCAUACAGGACCAAACUCCUGAUAUCACCACAGACUAUUAGUAAAGAUUUGAGUAAUGAGCUAAAGGAUGACCACUUUAAUACAGAUUGUAGUCCCAGGCGGUACUCUCCUAAGCCAUGCGUGGGAGGCUAUAGGGAUAGGAGGCCCAGCAUUGACUCGAUUGUGUCGGAAUCUGAUAUGUGUGCUACAACAUUCUCCAACAGCCCCAGCCAUACAAGCAGUGACGUCUCUACACCAGAACACCCUACUUCAAAACCCAUAAAUAUACAGCAGACCCCAAGUGAUACGAGACUGCAUGAGAAAGCUCAACUAUGUGUGCCAGAGAAACCAGUGUUGACUCUGUCCCAGGGUCAGAAACAGGGAGCCUUUGCCCCACAGACCCACACGAGCACCCCUCCCAGGGACUCUACAGACGACAUACCCUUUAUGUCGCUGCUCCAUUAUAGCCAGGCCAUAGAGACCCCUGAAAUCACUACAAAUAAUACUAACUCAAACAGACCUCUUGACACUACAGCCAAAAAUACAUAUCAUGAAAAAACUAAAAGUGAAAGUGAUUCUAAGUCAGAACAUUUAGAUGUAGAUGCUAUAUCAUCUUCUACUGAGAGUAAGGGGUCUUCAAAAAGUGAGAAUAAGUCGUGUGCAGCGGAUGAUUUUGUCAUGGUGGAAUUGAAAGCACCAUUUGCUGGUCGAGAAAUGCAGUCAGAUUUAGGGAGAUUCUACCGCGACUGUCAGACUGCUCCGCAACUUGAAAUGUUCCAAGAGCCACCCAAUAUAGAUGUCGCUCUAAAUCAGAUUUCUGACCAGUUGGCAGCGUUUGAGUCAAACUUAGACGAUAUUGACAGUUUUGUUGACUCAGUGAUCUCAUUGGAGGAUGCAUGAUGAUGUCAUAAUUUUAUACAUUGGAGGCAAAAUUUAAUGAUGUCAUACCUAUUACAUCUGCGGAUACAUGUCAGUGUCACAUCUUGUACAUUUGAAGUUGUGUGAUGUCAUAUCUAGUAGAAUUGAUUUAAAUAUGAGAGGACAUUUUUUGUAAAUUUGAUGUGGCAUUUCAUGAUGUCAUAUACAUGUACAUAAAUAUGUGGAUGUAUAUACAUGUAUUGACCAAGAUUUAAUUUAGGAUAGACUUGAUCUCUGAUGUAUAGUGUGCUUCCAGUAAUCAAUAAAGGCAGAAUCAGAGCUAGUGAGCAACUCUAA